AUGAGCAAAAAAGACGAACAGGUUGAAGAUGAUGUUAGUUUGGGUUCCGGGCCGAAAUGUCGUAUAUGUUUGGCAGCGGCCAGUGACACAUCUUACGUGAUAAAUCCGUGCAAAUGCAAAGGCAGUAUUGGACUUGUUCACAGUCGUUGUUUGGAAAGAUGGAUAUCAAUCAGUUGUGCCACACGGUGCGAACUGUGUUCUACCAAAUAUACCGGCAGAAAGAAAUUAAAAUAUGGUAUCGUUUCGUCGAUACCAAGAUACGUCUGGGCACGUAAAACGCAUUGCGGUAUAUUGUAUUGCUACGCGAAAAUAUGGCUUUAUUUGUACAUACUGUUGUCGUUGCUUAGAGAGUAUAAGCUGGAUAUGGAGCAUUUUGCGUCUUCGUUGUUAUUUUUGAUAUUUUUAGUAACGUCCUUUGUGGCUGGACUUUUCUUACUAUUGUAUAGCGCUUCGAAUUGCAUCCGGUCGUGGAAUCGUUGGCGAAGGUGCCAGAUUAGGUUUAUCGCCGUCGAUACGCUGGAAAAUGUGGUAAUCGUAACUUCGGAUCAACAAGACUGA